UACCUCGGCGAUAGUCUCAUCGGGAGCGUCAGUAGAGUCGAAAGUGUUUCGUUCGGUCUUCCAUGUUGAUUUUUCGGAUUGCGGGUGUCGACCUUGUUUCCCAGUUUUGUGCAAGUUGGAGAUUGAAUUUUCCGGAUUAUUGGCGUGAUUUUCGAGAGUUUUGGUAAACGAGUGGUGACUUUACGGAUUUUGCAAUCAUCGGAACUUUGUGGAAAGUGAGAACAAAGGCGAAGUGUUGCUAAUUUUGUUGCGUAAAAAACAAUCUUCGGUGGUGCGAGUAAAGUGGAGAAAGUGACGUCACGUUUGAAAAAUCAUCAAAAACCUCUUAAAAAGUGCUCCGAGUUAGAAAAACUAGUUCCAUUAAGUGAACAAGUAUUGGAUCUGUCCAAUUACGUUUGAAAAUUCAUCGAAAUCGAAGUUUUUUCAUCGAAAAACCGUGAUUUUCUUCCCCAGAAGAACAUAACCUCAAACAUAAAUAUAAAUACACGACUACUAGAUUGGUGGUGUUCGUCGUCGUCGUCGUCGUCGUCAGCAAGAAGAAUCGAGACCCAGCUUUGUUCGGUGUGCUUCAAAAUAUUUUUAUUUUUCCAUCUUCGGCUCUUCAGUGCGAGCAAAAUAAGAAAAUAAAAUUACACCGUGUGUGAGUUUCGAGUAGGUGCACACGUCUACCGACCCAGGGGGAAGAAACGAGAAGCAAUCACAAACAGUAACAAGAUUCCAAUUUGACUUUGGACGACGCGAGGACAAGUAUUUCUCUAGGGGGUGUUGUUUCCGAAAGGAACCGGAAGUGUUUGAAUACUAAGUGCGUAAUUAGUUACACAAUGAGUGCCAGAGUGUGUAAUCCGGUGUCGCUGACGGAGAUAGCAAAGCUGCGGUCUCCGGUCGUGAUCCGGCGGCAAAUGUCGGCCGGUAGCUCCCUGGCCAGGGUGAAGAGGGACCUGUUCGGACCGGUGGAUAAGCAAGAAUCGAAGAAUUUUAUCGAUCGGCAGCUGGCUGCCCAAAGCGCUGCUCUCAGCCAAAAGUGGGGCUUCGAUUUCGCCGCCGGCAAACCGCUACUGAACCACGAUCAGUACAAGUGGGAACGGGUUCCACCGACGUCGGCUCCGGCCUGUUUCGUCGAAAUGGUGACCCUCACCCGAACGGCUCACCUGGUGCCCCAAAGCUCCACCAGCGCCGAGGACCUGCUGGAUCAGCGUGCCGAGCGAGAGAACGGAAGCCUCUACCGCCACCACCAAUCGUCGCCGAUCAUUGGAUCUUCUCCUGCAUCCGUUUCCGGAUCGGAUUCCGAUUCGGACUGUAGCUUCGGAUCGGUGGUCAGGACAUACCCGUUGGCGCUGCAAAGUGAGGCGAUCGCUUCCGUUACCACCGCAUCUACCACCACCGGCAAAUCGCCUUCCUCCUCCGGAGCGACGAUUAACCGAGCGAAGCUGCAACCACGAAUCACAGACUUCCUGAAGGAACGCAAGCGCCUCUCCACCGGAUCUCCGAAGCCCACCGCCGCCAAGAAGGCCCGUCAGAUGCUGAUGCCCUCCUCCUCUGCUUCAUCCUCCAAUAUGUCGUUGUCGUCGCCAUCGAAUGCAGCAGCCCAACCACAACAACAACAGGACCACUAGGUGUGCGCGAGCUCAACCACUCGCUCAAAGACUGCAACCCUAUAGAUACCUGAGGUGGGUGCCGCCUGCGCUGCGUCUCGCAGUAGGCUGCUGCGUCGCAAGUUUCGGCAUUGCGCGAUCUCAUUCGAUCAUAUACAACAAACAGUAAAUUCUAAAUAUUCUUUUCGUCAUCGGUAGAUUAGUGGAUGACUAAGGCGUAUCUAUAGUAGGUUAUGUCUAUUCGGACAUACUUUUGUUUCCUAGACGAUGUAAGAAUCUGUAGAAAAUAACGAAAAAACAACAAAAAGAUUACUUUUAACGCGGGAAGCGGGAAGACCACGAAUCCCCGAACAGGGUAAGGAUGGUCUCCUCUCGAAGUAAAUGCCAUACUUCUCUUUUUUAAUUGCUUAGGUUUAGAUAACUGACUAGCCUGUAAGUAUUCUGUGCUACGAUUCGUAGCAGUAAAUCCUGAAAGUCUCGGGUUGAUAGUUCACAGAAUGGUACCAUAAUUGAACUAGCAGGACUUGGUAAAGCGACUUUCUCUGGUGAACCAACCCAUGGACGGAUCAAUAUUUUCAAAAUUUUACUAUUUGUAAAUAUAUUUAAUAAGUUGACAGUGAACUACAUAAACAUAUUCUUUCAAUUAUGUACCAUUAUUUUCUCUAAUAGUUAAAUGCAUCCAACCGUUGUGAUACUUGUUUGUUUUACGUUUUCCGUUCCAGGAAAACAUAAAAUUUACAAUUGACACAACAACUGUCUAUAGUUUCAAAUACGUUUUCUUUAGGUGUUUUUUCAAUUGGGUAAAAAAACGAAUUGGUCUAUAUUUCUGGAAAAAACUUAUUGUUUUUCAGAGAUAUAGAUAAGCUCGUUUAUAUUUGGCAAAUAUUCACAGAUUCAAAUUGCAUUCAGAACCCCUUUGAUCUUUUUUGUCGAAUAAUUAUAAAAAUAAGCUUCCUCACAACUUUUGUAUAUAUGUAAUACUAUCAUUAGAAACUUUCCUGAAUAUGUGAUACAUACCUAAGAACAACCACCCUCAAUUCGCCCCCUUAAUGCUAGAACUAGGUAACUCGUUUUGGAAAGUACGGGUAAAAAUGGCUGGUAAAACUUAUCCUGCUAUAAAACAAACACUUUGUUGGUCUUAAAUGAAGCAUCAUUAUGUGUUUUUGUAGUUUCAAUCGACACACUUUUGUUUAUUGAGGUGAACGUUCAGAUGUAAACAAAUUGCUCGCGAUUUCGCAAAACCAGUUACCUAGUUCUAGCAUUAAGGGGACGAAUUGUUCUUCAAAAACCCAAAGUCAUCUCAGCUUUGAUCAACGAAUGUCUAUCACAUUUUCAAAUAAGUUUUAACACUUUUAACGAAAGCAAUUUCCAAAAACUCCCAAGAAUGCUUACCCGAAGAUUAUUCGUAAAGCUCUUGUCCACCUCUCGAACCGAUCUCAAAAGGAUGCUCGUUGCAAUACACACUACAUCAUCAAACAAAUGGCAAUAUACGUUUUUUGAGUGCAAUACAAUCGUUUGAUGGACACUAAAGAGCUUUUCCUACGAUAUCGUCCGACUAGCAUUCGCCGGACUUUUUGAACUUUCCCCCACACCACACAUAAUAACGGGAGCAAGUGAAACAACUCUCCCUCUGGCUGCCGGGAGAAGCAAUCUGCCGCGCAAAACGAUUCCCUUAUUUUUAUCUUGUAAGUGUGCCAAAUGUGAGCUCCCGACAGGAGUAGACGCCGCCGCGCUCAUUAGGUUUUAUCUCUUUUUCCCACCCUGUUCUGAAUAGUAAGAUUAGCUUUUAAGCCCCUCCCAAACAUGCCCUUCAAAGCGAAUGUAGAGCUGUGUGAGUUCGAUGCCCGGCCUAUCGUCGGUCGGUUUGUCGUGAUUCAAUCGAUUCGAGUAAUAUGUAAUUGACUAUUUUAAGUUUCCGCUGUCAUCGGUACAUACUAGUUAACCGUACUUUCUAACAAUUAUUGCAAACAAAUUGGUUUUCGUUCCAAACAAAGUAAUAUUAUUUAUUUUUCCUUUCUUUACGCGUAAGAAAUCGUCAAUUUAUUUUCUCCUGAUUGAAUAAAUAGUUAAGUGUAAACUUUUUUUAAGAUGAAAAAGUGAUUAGAAUGAACAAUUGAAAUCUGUACACAAUUCGAAAAUACAAUAUUGGAAAAUAAAGCAUCUUAUGAAACAUACAA